GCUAAGUGAAUUUAGGAGGUUCUCCACCCAUUCCUGAACAGAGCGUUGCAGUGUGGAUGUGCAGGGAGCUACUGGAAGGGGACACUGCCAUUGGAGAACAGUGCUCAUGACUGGAGCAACAUAUGCAGCAGGUGGACAUGGGUACUGCUUUAUGUGAGCUGCAUCAGGCACUUUCUCUACACCAGACACAUCACAACAAGGAUGCUGCUCUCAUUGUGGCAGUACAAAAAAUUGCCACCUCAAAUGUGCAGUGCCAAACCCACACCAACUCAUCACCUGCCCCAAAAGCGAAUCCAUCUCUAGGUUAUCUAUUCAUCAUCAUGAAGCCCCUGCUUUUUCUUUUCAGUAUUGUUGUUGUCAAUUCAAUCCUGCAAAAUGUUACUCACAAGUAUUAUCUCAUCAUGACGCCGGUGACUUGGUCCACUGCACAGAAUUACUGCAGGGUGAUGUACACUGAUCUGGCAACUAUAGAAAGUGACAAUGACUGGGUACGGUUAAACAAACUAAUAACAAGCCAAAACAUAAAAGCUCCCUUCUGGGUCGGACUCUACAACGACAUCAACAGUUGGCGCUGGUCGUUUAAUGAAGUCCCAUUACAAAAUACCACCUUUAGAAAGUGGGGUUCUGGAGACCCAGAUAAUAACCAUGCCCGGGAAUCAUGUGGCAUAAUAAACAACGACGGAUACUGGUGGGACGCAUACUGCUAUGAUCUGAGACCCUUCAUAUGCUACAAUGGUACUAACAGUGGCGCUGACAGGUUUGUUGGUGUCACUAGUCCGAUGUUGACCUGGUCUGGCGCUCAGACUUACUGCCGGACAUUUCACACAGAUUUGGCCACGGUGACCAACAGCACAGACAACGACUUGUUAGCACAGCUAGCAUCAGUAAUGAGCAGUAUUUGUUACUGGAUUGGCUUUUAUAGAGACACUUGGAAAUGGUCAGAUGGAACAAACAUUUCUAAUCUCCAGUGGGCUAAUGGACAGCCCAAUAAUUACUAUAGUCAUGAGAACUGUGGACUGCAUAAUACGCUGUUUGAAGAUGAUACCUGCACCAACCUGCACUUUUUCAUGUGUCACACCAUAAAACCUGUGAUAAAACAGCAGAUAGUGAGACUGCAGGUGAAGUCUGAUGGAAGUGUCUUUGAACCUGAUGUACAGUCGAUGAUUCUGGAAGUGAUCAAGCAAACCCUGGAGAAUAAUAGAUGUCUGGAGAACACCACAAUGACCUGGAGGGUGCAGUCAGAUGGAAACAUCUUCAAAAAAACAAAGAGGGAUGACCUGUAAUGUCCCAUAUUAAUAAAAUCCAUUUAUUGGGAACAAAUAGAACAAUCCAUGCUGAAACAAUACAUUACAAUUGAUUUUGAAUAAAACAGAUGGUCAAAACAAUAAACUUGAUUAAGGAGGGGAAAACUUUUAAUUUGCCAGGGAAUCUUUUUGAGAUUGAAUGGUAAAUUGGUUUCCCAAAGGA